AUGACUACGGUCUUCCACACGAGCGCGAAAACACCUACAAGCCCAGCCGAUUGUGUCGAAGGACAACCGUCAUUUGAUGGAUCACCACCUGAUAGAAAGCAGACGCUGCACAAGCUAAAACCCGCGUCAACAGUGGCAUCUACCCUGAGUCGCAGACGGAGCCGUUGUCUUCCUGCAGCUCCAUCCUUCACUCAGGCUAGGCACUUCACUGCUGGCAAGAUCACGGUCAAGGACAAGAUUGUGGGAUGGAAUACUUCCGGUUAUGAGCCCAAUGGCCGCAACCACCGAACCGACUACGAAGACACCAGGGGUGUCCCGCGAGCCACGCCUGGGCGCGGCUCGCCAGCGCGUGCGCCUACCGCACCCGCAGUCGUCAACGAUGGACCCGCUUGCGAGAGCGGGAAGCGAGACGAUAAGAUCCUCGCCGCGCUCGCCGCACUCACCGAUCGACUGGCGAGCCUCGAGUCGUCGCAGAGAGUGCGAGACGAGGAGGAGCGCAUGCUCGGGGCCGUGGAGAGCGGACUGUUCGCCUCGAAACUCGGCGCCAACAUGCGUGACCGACCGAUGACGAUAGACGCGAUCGGAGAAGCGGAGGAGAAGGCACCGGUGUCACGUGGAUACCAGCGCGCGACUGAUCUUGGCGCGUCGCGAUUCGCAUCGCUCAGGCCACCUCGCGCGCGAGCAGCACCGCAGCUGCAGCAGCGCGCACCAGCGUCUGCGCCACCUCCGCAGGAGCAUGCAGCGCUACCUCCGCCGCAACAAUUCGCUCCGCCACAAGCCUAUGUGCGACCGGGCCUCAACGGCUACGGGAUGCCGUCCGCUAGCCAGCGGAAGUUGAACAUACGCAAGUUCGAUGGUACGGAGCUGUACCGCGGACUCGGGAGCGGAUUCUUUGACCGGGGGCGUACGUUUCUGCGCGCGGUGAGCCUCGCGGAAGCGUCGUGUGGUUUCGGAUGGACCGAAGACGGUCAAGGUCGACCUGCUUGGGCACUUUCUCGCCAGCACGGCUAA